AGUAUCACUAAAACAUCACUCCUCCUACCCCCAACAAAAAAUAAUAAAAAAGAUUAUAUUGCAUCGUCCCAUACAAAUACUAGAUGGGAUUGUGUUUUCUUAUCAGCCUUGUGAAAAUGUUGGUCUUUGUAUCUCCAUCAUGUCUUCUCCCAUCACAAAAACAACACCCCUACUACAAUCCCAAACCCAUCAAAAUCCAAUGUAUGUCUACCCAAACAACCCCCCCAAUCGAAAAAAUCGCCAUAGCCGGUGGACUAAUAUCCACACCAGUAAUUGGAUGGUCACUAUACACCUUAAAAACAACAGGCUGUGGGCUUCCACCAGGACCUGGUGGCUCCAUUGGAGCCAUUGAAGGUGUAAGUUACUUAGUCGUGGUGGGUAUUGUGGGUUGGUCAUUGUAUACCAAGUCCAAAACCGGGUCGGGUUUACCUAAUGGACCCUUUGGACUGUUGGGUGCCGUUGAAGGGUUCUCCUACUUGUCGUUGCUCGCCAUUUUGGUUGUCUUUGGGUUGCAGUUCUUAGAACAAGGUUCCAUUCCUGGGCCACUCCCUAAUGAUCAAUGCUUUGGCUAAGAUUUAAAGUGUAUGGGUUUAAGUUCUAAUCUUUGUAGCUAUGGUUUUUAAAAAUUAUGAGUUUGUAUUUAUGGUUUAUUGUAGUUCUCAUGAAUUUUUAUACAUAACAAUGAAACUAUUGAAUUUCGACCAUGGACUUAUGUAUCGUGAAGAAUAUAGUGCACAUAAACCUGUAUCUCUCUCUGCAAAAUUAGGUAUUAUUGAAUUGCUACAAUAUUAUCCUUGUUCA